AUGGGUGCAUCCCGACAAUGGUUUGGACGUGGACUAGAUCAGGAUUAUGUCGACUCCAUCAACAGCUUCUGGACAGUCCUUCUAUUGGCCGUGUGCUCUGUGGGAUCAUUCGUUGUACGUUACACCACCACACCCAUCAGUUGCUGGAACCCUGCUGUAUUCACACUCAACAUGAACUCUUACACACAGGAAUCGUGUUUUCUGAAGGACAUGUAUCAUAACAAACCAAUGCUUGAUUAUAAAAGUGAUGGACCUCCUGCCUCUGUCCCCUCCUACCACCUCUGGAUACCACUCAUACUCUUCUUCCAAGCCCUCGCUUUCAAAGUACCAAACAUCAUCUGGAACAGCACCAAGGACUUGUUCACUUUCAAUAUGGAGGAAACUGUGGAAUCACUGAAAAGUAUACAAGUAACCGAUGCUGAGAAUCGCCAGGUCAUCUUCAGUCACGCAGCCCGAGUAUUUGCAAGUCUGUUGAGAAGAAAUCGAUUCUCUCUGGCACUUCUGUACCUGUUAAUGAAGCUCCUCUCGUGUGCCAAUCUGAUAGCACAGAUGAUGUUCCUGACGAUAUACUUCAGACAAAACCUGGCAAUCAGGAUUGGCUCCUCUGCUGGUUUUGAUAUGGACUCUAUCAUAAAACCAGUGCUAGUCAAAGAUGUUUUUUGCUAUUUUCAAACUCAAAUGAUGCAGUCAAUUCAAAGACAUGCAGUACAGUGCACUCUGCCGAUCACUGAAAUCUAUGAGAAGAUGUUCACUUUCCUGUGGUACUGGGUCUUCCUCCUGGCUGUCAUCACCAUCCUUAAUCUUGUGCUAUGGGCAGGAUUUCUCUUCCUGCCGUUCCUAAGAGAUGGCAGAAUAGCUGCCCAUGUCAACGCUGCCAAAGGAUCUCGCCCAGGCGAACACUCUAUAACUCGAUUCAUCAGCAGUUUCCUGGGGAUUGAUGGAGUACUUGUCUUGUCCAUGAUGUCCCGGAAUUCCAGCGAAUUGGUUGCAGCGGACCUAACCCAGCAUUUGCACCAACUGUUUCAGGAGGAAGAGGAAAGUGAAAAUCAGCGACAUCUUUACACAGGAAAACCUGAAGGAGGCGAUGUCGUUACUGAAGCAACAAGAACGGAAGUGACUGUACUGAUACCUGAUCUACCCUCUGGUGCUGAAAAUCCGGAGAAAAAGCCGAUUGUGUGA